GCCCGCAGCUGGAACGCGAGCGCGCGCCCCGCCGCGCUCCCGCCCGCCGGGGCCUGGGCGCUGCGGCGCGUGCGCGAGCGGUGCCGCACCGGCCGCGGGCGCAGGGAGUAUUAUGGGCUGUGGGUGCCGCUGAGCAAGAUGGAGCUGUCUGCAGUGGGCGAGCGGGUCUUCGCGGCCGAAUCCAUCAUCAAACGGCGGAUCCGAAAGGGACGCAUCGAGUACCUGGUGAAAUGGAAGGGGUGGGCGAUCAAGUACAGCACUUGGGAGCCCGAGGAGAACAUCCUGGACUCGCGGCUCAUUGCAGCCUUCGAGCAAAAGGAGAGGGAGCGUGAGCUGUAUGGGCCCAAGAAGAGAGGACCCAAACCCAAAACUUUCCUUCUGAAGGCGCGGGCCCAGGCCGAGGCCCUCCGCAUCAGUGAUGUGCAUUUCUCUGUCAAGCCGACUGCCAGUGCUUCCUCGCCCAAGCUGCACUCCAGCGCAGCAGUGCACCGGCUCAAGAAGGACAUCCGCCGCUGCCACCGCAUGUCCCGCCGUCCCCUGCCCCGCCCGGACCCGCAGGGGGGCAGCCCCGGCCUGCGCCCGCCCAUCUCGCCCUUCUCGGAGACGGUGCGCAUCAUCAACCGCAAGGUGAAGCCGCGGGAGCCCAAGCGGAACCGCAUCAUCCUGAACCUGAAGGUGAUCGACAAGGGCGCUGGCGGCGGGGGCACCGGGCAGGGGGCUGGGGCGCUGGCCCGCCCCAAAGUCCCCUCGCGGAACCGCGUUAUCGGCAAGAGCAAGAAGUUCAGUGAGAGCGUCCUGCGCACCCAGAUCCGCCACAUGAAGUUUGGCGCCUUUGCGCUGUACAAGCCCCCGUCCGCCCCCCUGCCUACCCCGCCCGCCCCCUUGGCUGCCCCGCCCGCCGGCAAGGCUGAUGCCUCAGCCCCCGGCCCUGGGCUGCUCCUGGCCCCUCCCGCCACCCCCUACGACGCCCGCAGUUCCGGCUCCUCCGGCUGCCCCUCACCUGCACCACAGUCCUCUGACCCCGACGACACGCCCCCCAAGCUCCUCCCCGAGACCGUGAGCCCAUCCGCCCCCAGCUGGCGCGAGCCGGAGGUGCUCGACCUGUCCCUCCCUCCCGAGUCAGCAGCCACCAGCAAGCGGGCACCGCCCGAGGUCACAGCUGCUGCCGGCCCGGCGCCUCCCACGGCCCCUGAGCCCGCCGGUGCCUCCUCCGAGCCCGAGGCUGGGGACUGGCGUCCCGAGAUGUCACCCUGCUCCAAUGUGGUCGUCACCGAUGUCACCAGCAACCUCCUGACGGUCACAAUCAAGGAAUUCUGCAACCCUGAGGAUUUCGAGAAGGUGGCUGCUGGGGUAGCAGGCGCCGCUGGGGGUGGUGGCAGCAGUGGGGCGAGCAAGUGAGGGGGUUCCACCAAGGAGGGGGGCUUGGGGGGGCCCUCCUGCCCGAAGUCAUACUCUUGCUCCCGCCCCACCCUUGCCCCCAGCCCUCUCUCCCUGUGCUUUGCUUGUUUCAAAUGGCUCGGUGUUGACCCAGGGAUGGGGCUGGGUAGUUGGGGUCCCAGAAAACUAGGGGGUAGGGGCCUUCCUGGAAUGGGGCAGGGGAAGGGCACACCCCCUGCCCAUGUAUGGUAGGGUCCUCUGGGUGGUUUCUGGAAAGCCCCAGAACCUAGGGUUCCUCUGCCCCUUCCACAUCCCACCCGUCUCUCUAGCUUGCUUCCUGCUCUCCUGUGCGGCGUCUGAUUUCUCGGUGCUAACCUGGCAGCUGUGGGACCCUUAGGAGACCUCCACCGAGGGUGGGCACAGUCCUUUUCCUUCCUGCAGAUGCCUAGGCAGGAGGAGGGCUUCCUGCUUGUUUGGCAAAGCCCCAGGCAGAGGCCGAGGAUGAGGCCAGACUCGACUCCUCCCUUCACAUCAGCCAGGGCAUCAGAAGUUGGGCCAGGGCGGGGUCUUCCCUGCUCGAUUUUGGAUGAGGCCUAAGUAGACCCCCUAUGCCCUGCCCCAGCCCUGUCUCUUUCCUAACCCCCUCGACGGUGGGAGGAACUGGCAGAGGGUGCACCUGGCCGCAGCCUCCCAGCAUCUAAAGGCCUCUUCAGUUCUUGACCAAAGGUGCUACGAGAACCUGCCGUGGAAACUUCAGUUGUGCGUCCGCCCCACUUACUGUGUUUGUCCGUGGGUUCAUACGUGCAUUGGGUGCUAGGCCCCAGGCUGCCGGGUGGCAUCCUUUACAGUUCCUUUGAACAGGGGCAUUGAAGACCUGGACCGCUCCUCGCCUCAGUAGGGCUGGGGACCAGGCUUGGGUCUGGAGGUUUGCUGUGGAAGUCACCAGGCCUCCCCUCCUGGCCCAGGUGUGCUGGGGGCACCAUGCCCCCUACCCCCCUGCCCUCCUCGGGGUGGUCAGCCCAACCUGUCGGACCUUCACAGCAUGGUGGGGACCGAGAUAGAGAGGGAGACCCCCUGCCAAGCUCCCCCUUCCUCCCGGUG